AAGUGCAAGCAAAAUUUGUCUGUGUUAAUAUAUAGAAAUAUUUUCUUUAUCAUCAUCUUUUAUUUGAUAUUUUCAAGUGAAGAGGUUCGGGAGUAUUGGAAUAUCUUAAUUCGCGAAGCAAAAAAUUUUAAAGUGUUAAUUUCUUUUUUGUCCUUUUUGUAAAUUUUUUUGUUCCGGCAGUGUUUGAAAUUCUUAAAAUCGCGAACGCUUAAAUCUCUAGAAAAAAUAUUUUGUUUCACGUGGUUUCGAGAGAGUUGGAAAUUUUUUAAAUCGUUUAUGUUUUCGGCAUAUUUUAUGAGCUUAAGCAGUAUCAAUUUAGAGAAUCGAGAUCAAUCGUUGAAAAUUCAACAAUAACUGGAAGCAGAAAUGAGAUAUCGCUCGUCGCAACUUUCGCUUUGCAAUCGAGAAUAUCCAUUUCUCGGUUUGCAAUAUUGCCCUCUAUUGAUCAAUGCCAAGAAGAGGAGAGAAACAUUGGCGCAAGGAUAUGCGGAUCUUUCAUCAAUCAGCGGCAGAAGUUCCGUUUUCCAGUUGCACAACUAUACAAGCAAGAUCAACUUCUCAGGUUUCCAUCAGUGAUGGUUUGACGGGUUUUAGUUAUUAUUCAAUUCGAAUGAAUCGCCCAGUUAUAUGCGAAUAUAACGGAGAAGGAAAGGGGUCGAAUAUGCAAGUUUAACAAAGUCCAUGACUUAGAUGAAACUGGUCGACUGAAGCAAGGAAUUGAGCGGGAACUGCUAAUUAGUUGUGCAUUGAAUAUUAGCCCUAGACGGGAAUCUCGCGUGAGCUUCCUCUUCCUUGGGUUUAAUAUGUGCUUUGGACGAGUACCGCUAAUCGGAAGCGAAGGUUGUGGUUGCAAUUAUAGGGUGGAAGAUAGAACAACCUGGAAGAUGGGAAUGCUCCUUCCGGAUGAGACUUAUGAGGUACGUUCCUCAUCAUCAAGACGUAGUUCCUGCCCUAGCGGUCUCGCUGAGAUCGAUGAGGUUGAAGCUGCCAAAGCUCUAGCUGCCUUCAGGAAAUGCGAUGAAUUCUUGAAGAGACAUGGUAUCAAGCCAGAGUUCUUCUGUAGACAUCGAGAGAAACUUGCCUUGCAGACUUGGCUACUUCAGAGGUCUACGUCCAAGUUCAACUCGGAUGCCUCGUCGUCGAAUGAAGCGGUGCACCUACAGCAGCGGUUGAAGAGUUUGAGCACGGAAUUGGUGACCCUGAGGAACCGGCUGCACGUAAGCCAACCUGCGACCAAUUCAGGGCCGGCAGGUGCAGCGUCCAGUCCCCUGGCCAAAAGUCCUGAUAAAAGUUCACCGGCUCCUGCGGUGCCACCGAGGACAAUAUUACCACCGGGUGGCGUUGGUGGUGGUGGUACCCUCAAUAUUGGACAUCCUUCCGGCCAUACUCUUACCGCUUCCGCGAUCGUUCAUCCUCAUGCAAAUCAUGGCACGAGCAACGCUCUCAACCACAACUCAACCACAAAUAAUUUAAUAUCUGAUCUGGAACCCCUAAAGCUACACAGCGGGGUGCCUGACGACGGGAUAGUGUCCUGUGUCACAGCCUUGGGUUGUCUUAGAACACCGCCGAUUUCCAGUAUCAUCGCUGAGGUAAAAAAUGCUAAAAGCUCGCAAGCACUUCAACACAAGUGUCCACCUAAAGGAAAUGGAUCUCCAUCAAGUACAGUGACAUCGACGGCCUUGGAUGACCUCAUUCAUCUAUCUGCACCUCUCACCGAAGACGCGGUCCUCAAGUGUCUUCAAGCUCGCUUUUGUGCCAAACAAUAUCACACGAAUGUUGGUCCAAUUCUCGUUUGCAUUAAUCCUUACACGGAUGUUGGGAAUCCCUUGACUCUGACGAGUACGAGGGCUGUGCCAUUGGCGCCCCAGUUAAAUAGGGUUGUUCAAGAGGCCGUAAGGCAGCAAUCAGAAACUGGUUAUCCUCAGGCAAUCAUUCUCUCAGGAACCAGUGGUUCGGGUAAAACUUAUGCCUCUAUGUUAUUAUUGAGGCAACUUUUCGAUGUUGCUGGUGGUGGUCCUGAAACUGAUGCAUUUAAACAUUUGGCUGCUGCUUUCACUGUUCUCAGAUCUUUAGGUUCCGCAAAGACUGCCACAAAUUCUGAAAGUUCACGAAUAGGACAUUUUAUAGAAGUACAAGUAACAGAUGGAGCUCUUUAUAGAACAAAAAUUCACUGUUAUUUUUUGGACCAAACGAGGGUCAUUCGACCACUGGCAGAUGAGAAAAAUUAUCACAUUUUCUAUCAAAUGCUAGCUGGUCUCUCACAUGAUGAACGAGUUAAACUAAAUUUGGAGGGGUACAAUUUAAAAAAUUUGAGAUAUCUGCAACAAGGAGAUACGAGACAAGAUGAGACUGAGGAUGCUGUCAGAUUUCAAGCCUGGAAAGCUUGUUUGGGAGUACUGGGAAUUCCAUUUUUGGAUGUGGUUCGAGUAUUAGCAGCUGUUUUAAUUCUUGGAAACGUGGGGUUUACUGAUGGCCCUGGAGUGGAGGUUGGAGUGAUCGGAGAGAAUGAGUUGGCAUCUGUGGCGGCACUUUUAGGUGUUCCUCCGCCAGCUUUGUUGAGAGGACUCACCUCCAGGACCCAUAAUGCUCGUGGACAGCUUGUCAAGUCGGUCUGCGAUGCCAAUAUGUCAAAUAUGACGAGAGAUUCGUUGGCGAAGGCUCUAUAUUGUCGAACUGUUGCCACUAUUGUUAGAAGGGCCAAUAGUUUAAAAAGACUUGGUUCCACGCUCGGAACUCUUUCUUCCGAUUCAAACGAGUCUGUUCAUAAUCAAGCUGAAGUCACCAGUCAGCAUGCUUCUACUAUUGGAAGUUCAGCAGGUGGUACUGGUUCGAGAAGUAUGACUGCUUUGAAUAAUGCAGUUAGACAUGCAACAGAUGGUUUCAUUGGCAUCCUAGACAUGUUUGGAUUCGAGGAUCCAAAACCAAGUCAACUCGAGCAUUUAUGUAUAAAUCUUUGUGCCGAAACAAUGCAACAUUUUUAUAAUACUCACAUUUUCAAAAGUUCCAUUGAAAGUUGUCGAGAUGAAGGCAUUCAUUGUGAUGUUGAAGUCGAUUAUGUCGAUAAUGUCCCUUGCAUUGAUCUUAUUUCAUCUUUGAGAACCGGUCUCUUGAGCAUGCUCGAUGUUGAAUGUUCAAUACGAGGAACAGCAGAGAGUUACGUGGCAAAGGUAAAGGUGCAACACAAGCAAAAUCCAAGGCUUUUUGAACCAAGGGCUGUUGACUGUCGAUCAUUUGGAAUCCAACAUUUUGCUGGAAGAGUCACGUACGAUGCUUCUGAUUUUCUAGAUACGAAUAAAGAUGUUGUGCCAGAUGAUUUAGUGGCAGUCUUCUAUAAACACACAUGUAAUUUUGGUUUUGCAACUCAUCUAUUUGGAAGUGAACUGAAAGCCCUUUAUGCAGGCGAUACUGUUCCUCGAGGAGUGAGCUUUAGAAUAUCUCCUACAUCACACACUGAUCUCUUGAAUGGCGAUGAGCCCAUUUCAACAUUGACUCAGGAUUUUCACACACGACUGGAUAAUCUUUUGAGGACUUUGGUGCAUGCAAGGCCUCAUUUCGUUCGUUGCAUAAGGAGUAAUGCUUCAGAGACGCCAAUGCAUUUGGAUAGAGGAGUCGCUAUGCGCCAAAUUAGAUCUCUUCAAGUUCUCGAGACUGUAAAUUUAAUGGCAGGAGGAUAUCCUCAUAGAAUGAGAUUUAAGGCAUUCAACGCUAGGUAUAGACUGAUAGCACCCUUUAAACAAUUACGAAGGGCUGAGGACCAAGCGGUUGAAGAUACAAAAUUAAUUUUACAAAAUGCACAACAAAUGAAGAGUAAAUUUGGCGCAAGCACAAGUUGGGCCCUUGGCAAGCGACAUAUUUUCCUCAGUGAAGGUAUUCGACAACAAUUGGAAAAUCUCAGAUCUGAGACGAGAAGAAAAGCUGCUACUAAUAUUCAGUCUACCUGGAGAGGUUGGCGAGUGCGUAGACGUUGGCCUGUUCGAAGAACAAACAUGACUUUAGUGUCGAGUUUGGGUCAGAAGAAAAAUUCUCAACCGCCAUCAAGUAAUACGGGCACUAUUCAAAGAAAUGUGACUCUUGGUUCCGUUACCGGAAAUGGAAUUCGUCCGAGACCUCAACCUAUCACAGGAACACCACCUCCUGAUCCUUCGGAAAAAUGUGCUGAUCAGAAAAUGAUUCAGCAAACUUGUACUCUCUUUGGAUUGGAUUUGGAACGUCCUCCACCUGUUCCGCCAAGUCGAUCUUAUACUGUUACUGGAAAUACGAAACUUGGGUAUCCUCAGACGAGAGUAAUGAAGACACCAUUUCCUGAAGGAGGCGAAGGUGAGGUCGUUCUUUUGAAAGGUGAGACAGUUCUUGUGGUUGGAGCUUCUUCAAGACGUGGGCACUUACUUGUCGAACACAACAACAUUACGUUACACGUGCCUUACCAGUUCAUGGAAUUGAAACCAUGCAACAUUAAUGUUUAAGUGUUAUUUAUUUUUCUUCUCUUCAUCUCUAAUACAAAGAAAAAAAAAGUUGAUUGGAAUUAUCCAGUUUAUGUAAAAAGAAAAAAGAAAGAAAGUUAAACAUUUUUUUUCUUCUUUUUUUUCAUUUUUCUUUUGCUGCCGAUGAAUUAUUGCCAUAAAAUAGUUUUUAUACAAAAUAAUCGUUCUAUAUAAUAUAUAAAUAUAUAGAACGUCGUAUAUUCGUUCUGAAUUGAAAAAUUAGGAUUAAAAAAAAAAUACAAAAAAUUUAUAUUUUAUGAAUGUGGUGAAAAUGUUAUUAUUAUAUUAUUAUGAACGCUCAGGUAAUUGAUUGAAAAUCAUCGCGUCUUUCCGUGAGAAUUUCACAAAUUUGUUUUAUGAUCUUUUCAAUUUGUUUUGUUUAUUUUUUUUUAUAUGUCCUUUGUUAUAAAUCUCGCUCAAAACCCAAGUUUUGUCUUCCAUUUUAUUUAAGGUGUAGCUUUAAGUAGAUUUUUAAAGAAUAUUAUAAGGGAAAAAUCACAAUAUUCGUGGAGAAUGACAUUUUUAUAUAUGUAUAUUUUUUUCUUGUUUCCUUUAUUGUAGGGUCUGUCAAUUUGUAUCUUAUUUAGACGUUUGUGAUUUUUUCCCAGAAUAGUAAAUAUAUAUGUGUGUAGCAUUGAAAUGAAUCGAGAACAUAAAAAUUGAAUAGACAGAUUAUACAGAGAAUGCCAAUAACAUUCCUUAUAUUAAAUAUAUAUACCGGUGAUGUGUAUUUAGUGGGUGCUACAACGAAUUUCAUAUUUUUCCUGUAUUUCUCUUGUAUUAUUAUUAUUUUCUUUUUUCUACUUCUUUUUAAUUUUAUUUCAAUUUUUUUUUUUUUGUUAAACCUUUUUCGUUUAUAUUAUUUUCUUUCCCUUGAAUUUAAUUUCAAAUUUUUACUUCAUUUUGCCAUGUAAUUUUAAAAUGUUGAAUUUAAUUUUUUAAUUAUUUUGAUUAUUACUAUUACUAUUACUAAAAAAAAGAAUGGUAAAUUAAAGAUUUGUAAUUAAUUGGUAAAUAAAAAAGCAUAAAAGGUACCGGUUCUGAAAUUUACCUAAAAGGUAUUAUAACAAACAGUAUUUUCUCAUCUGUCAUUGAAUUCUUAGUGCCAAUCGCUAGAAACAAAUUUUAAUUCAUAAUUUAUGUCUAUGAACUCAAUAAUAUUGUAAUUUGUCAUUAAUAUAAUUAUCAUUUACAAAUUAUUAUCAUCAUCGUCAUAAUUAUAAUUUCUCCGUAAUUACAUAAAUACGAAGGUAAAGGUGAAGGAUUUGUAGAUACGUGCAUUCGACUAAUUGUAGGCAAAUCCUAUUUCUCUCUCUCUCUCUCCCUCUCAUAUUUUGAAUGCAUUAUUACUCUCAGAAGUAAUAUAUUUGCGCUUUCGAGGGCUUUGAAAAGCUCAAGAGAUUAUUUGUACAUACAAAUUUCACGAUACGUGUUACCUACAUUCGACGAAACAUUAUAUUUCCAUUCCGAGAAAAUCUAUAUCAAAGCGAAUUUUACUUGAUUCUAAAUAAAUUAAAAACAAUUUGUUAAAAACAUAAAUUGUGCUCUUAUAUAUUAUUUUUGAAAAAUUUUUAAAUUUUAAUGCAAAUAUAUUUUCACUGUAUAUGGAAUCAAAAUUUAAAUUAACGAGAAAUAUUUUUCGUUGAUGAAAAUUAAUUUGCUUUGAUAAUGAAAAAGAUUCUAAUUGUUCAGGUUACACAGAAUCAUUUGUAAAUAAAUUAUAUCCAUUUAUCUAUUAUUGGUCAAUAUAUUUUUUAAGAUUUAA